AGGCUUGUUGAGAUUAUUUAAAAAUUGACACUUAUAUUCAAAUUCCUCCAUCUUAAAUUAAACUCCUAUCAGCAUACAUAAUGAGAAAUGAUCAUUAAAAAAAAUUCAAACGGCUUGGAAAAAAAAAACCUUUUACAAAUUCAAAUAAUUAUUUUUUAAUGAUCAUUAAAAAAAAUUCAAACAGCUUGAUAAAGUUAAUUGGUAAUGAACAAAAAGUCUUCUCCUAAACCCACAAAAGUCACUUUAAUAAGGACAAAGAAGAAAACAAAAAAACAGCAGAAAGCAUCCACCAGACACUCAUUAAUUUAUCAUUUAAAUCACUUCCCACUUACGGUUUCUCAUUGUGUGUUUAUCCACACUCCUCCCUCCACCCUCAUCUCCCCGUGUUCAAACCUCUCACCUUCUUCAUCACUCCUCUACCAUGGAGAACGGUUUCAAACUGCGAAUCUCUCGCAUGUUUCGUUCCUCUUUCGGCUCUUGCCGGACCCGGAACGUGCCGGAUGUUGUAGAAAAGGCCGUUGUCUUCCCUAAGAAACAGAGAGAUUUCCAAAUGAUGGAGCCAUUAGCGCCAUUGUCACCAAAGGCUCGUCCUUUCCCCACCAUUUGCAGAAAAACAGCCCAAACCAUCAACCAUGAUUGCAUCAUGAUAGCACCCAGAGAGACUCUCCCGAGGCGGAAAGUAUCUGCUCGAUACCCUCCUUUCUUUGUCUCCCCAUCCAAUGUUGAUGGACACAAAUGCCCCCCUGCUUCUCCUGUUUCGCCUUUCAAUCCCUUUUCUGACUGUAAAAAUUUCGGGUUUUAUGAGAAAAAGAAAAAUUCGGGCAGAAAAAUGAAGAACAAGAACCAGAAGAAGAAUCUGAAGAGCUCGUCUUCUCUAGACAGUGCUGAUCACAAUGGCGGAUGGUGGUUUGGCAGUGACGAUGAAACAGAGACCCUGUUCUCUUCAAAGAGCACGUUUUCGUCCGAUUCAUCAGAGUCUGGCCGCCGUCGUCGUCGACAUUCCCGGCGGCCUAGAUACCGCCGUCAUGAGAAGAGCGAAAUGGGGGUGUUUCCGGUGGAAGGAAUGACCAAAGUUAAGGACAGCUUUGCGGUGGUGAAGAGUUCCAGCGACCCAUACAGUGAUUUCAGGAUAUCAAUGGUGGAGAUGAUCGUGGAGAAACAGAUAUUCACCGCCAAGGAUCUGGAACAGCUGUUGCAGUGUUUCCUGUUGCUGAACUCGCAUCACCAUCACAGAAUCAUCUUGGAGGUCUUUACAGAGAUUUGGGAGGCAUUGUUCUCGAACUGGUGUUGAAAAGAAUAAAAACUGUAAUACUCUCUCUCUGGGGUUUUUUUUUUUUUCCCUCUUUUUAGCUCCUCUGUUUUAAGUCCCGCUGUUGUUGAUUAAGGAAUAUUGUAGUUUAGGUUUUCUAACUUAGAACUAAUUAACUUUGUUUAUGGAGAAAACUGGUGUUUUCCUCUAUGUUUGUUUUUGUUUCGGUUCUCUGUUCUCCAUUGACAAGACUUUGAAAAAACUUGAGCUUGAAAAGAUAAGCCAGAAGGACCAGACCAGAGAGAGAUAAAGAUCUGACGACGAGAUGUUUUUUUCCUGGGAAAAAUGAGUGGAACAUUUUUCUUCUUGAUUCUUUUGAAAAUUGUUGGGGAAAGGUGAACUUUUGGAGCAAGAUUCAACUUGGGAAGAUGUAGUAGAGCUCAAUCAAUUAUUUGAUUUGAAAGUGAGAAAAUGGCAUAAAGUUGGGAUUUUGAGUUUGUCUCCCUCUUUAUUCGUUGGCCUAAUGUCAAAAAAGGCUUACAACUUGA